UCACAAUCACCGGCGUCGUCGGAUAAACUUUAUCACCCAACGUAUUCGUCUGUGACUACACAUCUGUUGUUUGUAUCGGGUAAAAAUCGGUCAUUACAAACGGGGAGGGGGGGGGGGAGUGUAUAGCGAAGGGACCGCGCGAGAAGUGUUGGUACGGGUCCGCCGGCCUCGUCUGGAAGCGGACCAAACGGCUUUCUGCGCUGCCUUCUUGGAAGACUCCGCACGUUUUUAACCCGCACGUACCCCCGCCGACUCUCCUCCCUCCGGCGGACACACACGCACAUAAACGCUGGCGUUUUCCAGAAAAAGGGGCUCAGUCUACGUUGCGAAGUGGGACGGACGCCGAGGACGCUGAAAGACGACCCCCACGGAGACAUCUUGACCACCGUCCUGAGACGAGUGUGUGUGUCUAGCCACCAUGCCGCUGUUUGGCAAGUCCCACAAGAGUCCGGCGGACAUCGUCAGGACCCUGAAGGAAAACAUGGCUGUCCUGGUCAAACAGGACAAGAAAACAGACAAGGCGUCUGAGGAGGUGUCGAAGUGCUUGGUGUCCAUGAAGGAGAUUCUGUAUGGGAGCAACGACAAGGAGCCGCACACGGAGACGGUGGCCCAGCUGGCCCAGGAGCUGUACAACAGUGGUCUUCUCAUAAGCCUGGUGGAGAACCUCCAGGUCAUAGACUUUGAGGGCAAGAAGGAUGUGUGUCAGAUCUUCAACAACAUCCUGAGGAGGCAGAUCGGGACACGGAGCCCUACCGUCGAAUACUUCUGUUCUCACCAAGAGAUCCUCUUCAUACUGCUGAAAGGGUAUGAGACGCCCCAGGUAGCCUUGAACUGUGGGAUCAUGCUGAGGGAGUGCAUCCGUCAUGAGCCACUGGCCAAAGUGGUUCUUCACUCCGACCACUUCCACAGUUUCUUCAACUAUGUGGAGAUGUCCACCUUCGACAUCGCCUCUGACGCCUUCGCCACCUUCAAGGAUCUCCUGACAAGACACAAAGUCCUUGUGGCUGAGUACCUAGAACAGAACUAUGACGCUGUCUUUGCUGACUAUGAGAAGCUGCUACACUCUGAGAAUUACGUCACCAAGAGGCAGUCACUAAAGUUAUUAGGUGAGCUGCUGUUGGACAGACAUAACUUCACAGUGAUGACGCGCUACAUUAGCAAGCCAGAGAACCUCAAACUAAUGAUGAACUUGCUGAGGGACAAGAGUCCCAACAUCCAGUUUGAGGCCUUCCACGUCUUCAAGGUGUUCGUGGCAAACCCCAACAAGACGCAGCCCAUCAUCGACAUCCUGCUCAAGAACCAGACCAAAUUAAUCGACUUCCUGAGCAACUUCCAAAAAGAUCGCACAGACGACGAGCAAUUCAACGACGAGAAGACCUAUCUAAUCAAACAGAUCAGGGAUCUGAAGAAACCGGCCUCCUAGAGAAACAUCCUCUCCCUGCCCUUUACCUUAACUUUUUAUUAAUAGGAAGACAUAGAAAAAAAUACAUUAACAAUGGUUAUUCUAUUUUAAAAAAAUCGUAAGGAUGUUUUUUUUCUUCCCAUCAGUUCUUUAAAGAAUAGCUCUCAAUCACUGAUCCAUUUAUUUUGAAUUUUUUAUUAUUUUUUAAAAAUCUGUAGCGUGUAAUUUCACAAUUUAUGGAGGUGGAGACAGUUGAUUUAUUCUGUUGGAGAACCAGUGGUUAAAAAACGUCCAACCUGGGAGAGACACGGUGAACUAGCUUUCAGUCACCGCGUGUAGACGUUAGCCAACUCCGUUCAUUCAAACACAAUGUACAUACUGUUCAACUUUAGCUACCAAAAUUCAAACAAGCGAUGACAUGAGGUAUCAUUCUGGACUUGUGAAUUGGUUUAAUUUUGCUUUUUGACCUAUUAGAGACCACUUUUUUUGGUGAAACUGGUUGAUAGCAUUGCAUGUGCUAAUCAGAUGGGGUUGAAAUCUCUCAAAACGCAUGUAUUUUAUGCCAUUUAAAUCCACGAAUAGUAAGGCUGAUACUGUGUACUAUAAGUUUUAUUUGGUGAAAUUUCCAUGACCUCAAUUGGAAUUAAUUACCUAGCAGAUAUCACAAACAUGGGAAUUAUAGAAGUCUUAUUUAUGUAAAGAGCAGUCAUUUUUAAUUGGCUUUCUUUCACUGGUUCUCUUUGGUGGUGGCUGGAAGCACUUUCUGCGUAAUGAUUUAAACCUUUUUGUAGAUCUUAAAGCUGAAUAUUGUUGUCACAGGGCUCAAUUGUAAUUUUUUUUUAGUAGUUUCAUUUUCUGUCAUGUAUAUGAUGUGUACAUCUGAGAUGAGUGCCAUCGUAAGAGAAGUGAAGAAUGAACAGAGGGCCCGUUGUUUGGGGUUCGGGUCAGCUGGGAGACGCCUGUUUGAUUUUGGUUCAAUGGCUUUUCUUUCUGUGUUGUAAUGAAUUCUUUGGCUAUUUGUCCCGAUUUUGGAUUUGAGGUUGGUGUUAGUGUUGAAACAAUACAUUCAGAGGUGCCUUUUUGUUUUCCGGUAUCUUUUUCUCCAGGGGGAGCUUAAUUAUUAUGUUAAUGAAAAUAUGCUCUGGCUGGAACAUAUUUGUUGUGAUUAAGCAGUGAACCUCUUAACUCGUUAUAUUUGAGUUACGCUGUUGACGAAACGUUUUACUUUAUCAACUUGUUGCACCUGAUUGAUUGCAGUUGUGCGUGGACCAGGGUUUGGGUUUCCCCUCUUUUUCCAUUAUUCCGUUACAUCAGCCACAACCUCGCCAGGAAAUGCACAGCGGACCGAGGCCCAAAGUCACACAAGAGGUCUUCAGAAGAAUCCAAAGCUCACCUGUUUAAGAAAGAAAGGAGGAGCAGUUGGUGAAAUUUAGCUGUGAAAAUAACAAAAGAUGUCGUUUAAAGACCAUAUGUUAAAUGACAACAAUAAUAAUAAAGACUUUAAAGAUGAUGGUUUUAUAGCUGACAUGUACAUUCUGAUAGACUGAAGACUUUUGACAUGGGGCAAACAAAACUAAAGCGACUUUCAUAAUCCAUGAAACAAAAUACGGGUCUGUUCUGUGUUUACAAUUUGAUGUACGUUCAUCUGACGUGUUAUUUAUAUAAAAAUUUAUUUUCAGCUACCACAUACUGUCCACAACAAGUAAAAUGAGUAAUAAACCAGCAGUGGGGUGCGAUAAAGGUAAUAACCUGUGCCCCCCCCUCCCCACCAGUCUGACAAUAGACAGGAAAUGAGUCUAGUGCCAUUUUGGAAUUUAACACAAUGAUAGACUUGUGAAUAGCACAUCUUCAAAUUAGAAUGCUACAUGUUAUAUACUCUGGUACAAAUGACUGAAAAAUGGUAAUCAUGCCACUCUUCUGAGUCUUAUGCUGUGACCAUAUUAAGCUAUGUCAAACACUGCACAAAAAGACAAACGAGCUUCCCAGGUUUAUGCUUUACAUCUGCAGCUACGCUCCAGUCCAAUUAACGUCAUUCUUUCUCAGCGUGGCGGACAAAAGAUUUGCUCCUCCGCGUGGCUUUGUCAGUGUCCUUGAAGCAGUUACAAUUUGAAAACAACCACGUUUUCCACAAUUGUACUAAGUUUUGUUUUGUUUUUCCAUUGAUUUGAUGCAACUGUACCACAAUCACAACAAAGACAGUAAAAGAUGGAAAUGA